CAAGGCGGUGCGGUUACCUGCAGGUCACCCGCGGAGCCCUAGACGAACCGGGUGCCCCCUUCUCGGCUUUCAUAUAAUCAUAAUUCAUAAACGAACGGGCAUUGCCUAUGCCAUCGCCCGUUCGGUUAGCCCGUGCGUGAAGAACUGAAGAUGGUCAAGGGCAACGGAGCUGAGCGCAAGCCUGAUGAUAAGCUCGUCGACCUCAUCUUCUCUUGGUCCCUCCAAGAUGUCAUGAACCAGGAGCUCUUCAGAGACAAGGCCAGCACGAUACCCGACAGGUUCUCCGGGCUGAAGAGCUACGUGGACUCGUUCAGGAUCCCGCUGCUGGAGGAGAUGCGAGCCGAGAUGAGCUCCAACCUGGAGUCACUGCCCAAUGCUCACUCCUCGGCCGUGCCGAUACGGUCCAUGGUGCCCAAACCCAGAAAGGGAGCAAAAGCCUACCACGUCACCGUCGCCGGCCGCCGUGGAGCUCGCUCACCAUUCAUCGGUGACAUCGUCGUGCUCGUGGGAGCGAUGCCGCGUCGGGCGGCCGAGCUCGCAAGCAACGGCGGCUCUUACUGCCUCGCUCACGUCAAGGAUGUCAGCAGAGAUAGGUUGGGCUUUGAGAUCAGGGCGUCCAGGGAGAUCCAAGGCGCGAGCUGCUGCGCUUUCGCUGCCAGCCUGCUCAGCUUCAUACCCUACGCACGCAUCUGGCGGUGCCUGGACUACGACGCCGCGGUGAAGAGAAGCCCUGCCCUCGUCAAGGUGGUCGCCGGUGACGCGCUGAGCACGCCGUUGGUGACUUCAUCUGCAGGCGCAGAGACCGGCGCCGACGUGGCGGCCAAACUGUCCGCGUUCAAGCUCAACGACUCGCAGGCCGACGCCAUUCUGAGCUGCGUCACGGCGACGCUCCGCGACGGCGCGACAAAGUUCAGCCUCAUCUGGGGCCCGCCCGGCACGGGCAAGACCAAGACGAUCAGCGUGCUCCUGUUGCUGCUGCUGACGAGCCAGGCCCAGACUAAAUGCCGCGUCCUGACGUGCACGCCCACCAACACGGCGAUCAGCCAGGUCGCGUCCCGCCUCCUGGAGCUGACAAAGCAGCACGCCGCCACCGACGGAGGGUGCCACGGCGACCUGCUGCUGUUCGGCAACCCGGAACGCAUGGCCAUCGGCGGUGAUCUGAGCGAGAUCUUCCUGGACACUCGCGUGAAGAGGCUCAAGAAGUGCUUCUCGCAGGCGACGGGUUGGAGGCAUUGCCUUGUUUCAUUAGUAGGGUUCCUGGGAGAGCCAACAACACUGAGAUCUCAGUACAACGAAGCUUGCGGGCAGAAAGACGGGACAGAAUUGCCAGAGGCGUCUUUCAUCAGGUCAAGGUUCCAUCAGAUAUUCCAGAAUCUGAGGAACUGCUUCAGAACAAUCAUGUCCCAGGUUCCAAAAGCCGUCCUAUUGGAGAAGAAUUACAAGAAUAUUGUUUCAGUAAUCAAGAUGCUAGAGGACUUUAGCAUGCUGCUUGAUAGGAAGAUUGAUGGAAAUAAUAAUGUCGCAGUGGAGGUCUUCAUGACUACGAGUGGAAAGAAAUGCGACGACUCAGCUGGGGGAGUGGGCAAGAAGGCACUGGUUGAAAAUCUUAUGAGAGACAAGGCAACAAUUCUAGGCGUCACGAGGACUCUUCUCCGAGAUCUGAAACUUCCUGUUACACGCUCUGACUUCAGGAUCAAGAAGUUCUGCCUCCGGAGUGCGUCCUUCGUUUUCUGCACCGUGUCUGGCUCGGCAAAGCUGAAUGCUCAGAAGAUGGAUUUGCUUCUCAUCGACGAGGCUGGGCAGCUCAAGGAAUGCGAGUCCCUCAUCCCGUUGCAACUCUCCGGACUGAAGCAUGCUGUUCUUAUUGGUGAUGAGCGCCAACUCCCAGCAACUGUAAAAAGCAAGGUUGCAGAGGCUGCAUUGCUGGGCAGGAGCCUGUUUGAGAGAUUGAGUUUACUGGGACACAAGAAACACCUUCUGAACAUUCAGUACAGGAUGCACCCAUCCAUAAGCAUGUUCCCGAACCAGAACUUCUACGACAGAAACAUUUUGGAUGGCGCAAAUGUAACGCAGGAGGGACACCAGCGUAGCUAUCUUCAAGGUGCAAUGUUUGGACCCUACUCGUUCAUCAACAUCGAUGGACUGGAAGAUCCCGGCCGGAGCAAGCGGAACAUGGCCGAGCUAGCUGUCAUAUUGGAGAUACUGCAUGCUCUCAAAAACGCUUGUACCAGCAGUCAGCUAGGAGUUUCAGUUGGCGUCAUUUGCCCAUACGCUGCUCAGGUGGAGGCAAUUCAGCAGCAGAUAGGGGACGCGAAAUCCAUGCUUCCCCUUACCCUGCGCGUCAACUCUGUCGAUGGGUUCCAAGGUAGCGAGGAAGACGUCAUCAUCCUGUCAACCGUCAGGUCCAACGGUGCCGGAUUCAUCGGCUUCCUGUCCAAUGUCCGACGCACCAACGUCGCUCUGACGAGGGCAAGGCACUGCCUCUGGAUCCUGGGCAACGCGGCGACCUUGCGCGGCAGCGGCUCCAUCUGGGAGGAGCUGGUCCGGGACGCCGUGGAUCGUCGCUGCUUCUUCAACUGGGACGACGGCGCGGGUGUCUCUUCUUCCCUCGUGAUGGGGACACCACCUUCGGUCCGGUCGCCGAAGGUGCGCGAAGACAGGAAGUCAAGGACUGAAGCCGAUACCAACAGCAAACACGGAGGUGGCCCGUCUUCGCUUGUCUUCGGGUCGGAAAGCGAAAACAAGACACCAAGAACACUGAAGCCGAUGCCAGGAGCAAGCGCGGAGGUGGCUCGUCUUCACUGUUCUUCGGGUAGGAAGACGAAGAUCUGGCGACGCAAGUCUUGUACCGAGGAAUAAGCAGCGGAUCUUUGAGCUUCGUCGGUUACGACGAAGCGACUGGGGUCGGGGGGCCCGCUGCUGAGCUGUAGCGCACUCAAAUUGUAACAGGCAAAUUACGUAUGUGUCUAGGAAUAUUUCAAGAAUAUGACCGUUGUAAGGGCGUAGAAGAGUAAUUGUACAUUGGAGGUAUAACGCCACUUAUAAAUAUCCCUCUGAAAUGACUAUGGAGGGGACACAUUGAAUAGAGAGGGAAUAUUCACUGCUUGAA